AUGGCCUCUUUCGCUCCCUCUUCUUCCCUGAAUCCGAAACCCGUUUCAGCUCUAUCUUUUUCUUCUCCAGAUGUUGUUGAUGACAGCUAUGAAGACUCCUGCAGUAUCUGCCUUGAGCCUUUCAACUGCGAUGACCCAGCCACUAUUACCAGCUGCAAACAUGAAUAUCAUCUUCACUGUAUUUUAGAAUGGUCACAAAGAAGUAAAGAAUGCCCAAUUUGUUGGCAGUUACUUGUCUUGAAGGAUCCUGCUUGUCAAGGGCUUCUAGAUGCUGUACAAAAUGAGAGGCGCUCAAGUUCCAGAAAAAUAUCUUCCAUGGCCCCCCAGACUUUUCAACAUUCCUGUGAGGACUUUGAUGUUGAGCACGACUCUUUCUCAGAUGACUCUGAUUUGGAUGAGCGUAUUAUGCAGCAUCUUGCUGCUGCUUCAAGCAGAGCUCGUUACAUUCGCAGACGGGAAAAACAGAGAUCUUCUGGCCUAGGUCCUUCCCAUGUUUUUAUUUUCUCCCCUCAUGAAAAUGGGAGUGGUAUGCAGCAAACAUACCCAACGUCUCCAGAAGAAUGCCAAAGUUAUGGGUCACCCAGAGGUGAUUCACCAACUUCUCAAAGGCCACCUGUUAUUCAACCUCCACCAUCUUUUAUCUGCAGCACUGCCGCCAAUAGUGAUGUCCCUUACAAACCAAGAGUGCUUUAUGGCCAGUCAUCACCUGAUGGUCCACGCAGACAAAGCCCAUCUGAGAUGAUCAAUUUGCCUGAUUCUAUCAAAUCCAAGUUGUCUGCUGCCUCAGCCAGAUACAAAGAGUCAAUCUCUAGAAGCACUCGAGGCUUUAAGGAGAAGCUAGUUGCUCGUAACAACUCAGUCAAGGAGCUCAGCAAAGGAGUUCAGCGUGAGAUGAGUGCAGGAAUUGCUGGUGUUGCACGAAUGUUUGAGCGCCUAGACCUUACCCCAAAGAAACCUGGAGCCCCCACUCCAGUUUCUGGUUGUAAUGGAGGCACUUCAAAUUUCAAGGGAAAAGGUGUGCUAGAGAAUGUUAUUGUUCAGUCUUGUAACAAAAGUAGCGGGAGAAUUGCUGAUGAGAGUUCAGAUGGACCCUCUCACAUCACAGUUGCUGCACCAGGCCGUGUUGGUGUUGAAGUUUCUUCUGCGCAGAAAGAACAAGAUUUUGAUCCUUGUCGCCUACCUUGA